GGUGUCCAAACUGACAAUGCUGUGGAGAUGAAGAUAGUGUGUAGCUGCUUCUGGACUCCAGGAGGAGGAGAGAGAUUCCGCGAGCCGACACCAUGCGAUCCAAGGCGAGGGCGAGGAAGCUAGCCAAAAGUGACGGUGACCUUGUAAAUAACAUGUAUGAGCCUGACCUGGAUCAGCUGGCUGGCCACAGUGCCGAGGACGAGACUGAGGACAGUGUCAUGUCACCCGUCCCCACAAGUGAGGACUUCACCCCCAAGGAGGGCUCACCCUAUGAGGCCCCGGUGUACAUUCCUGAAGACAUUCCUGUCCCGCCAGACUUCGAGCUACGAGAGUCCUCCAUCCCAGGGGCCGGCCUGGGCAUCUGGGCCAGGAGGAAGCUGGAAGUCGGGGAGAGGUUCGGCCCCUUCCUGGCGGCGCCCAGGGCCACGCUGAAGGAUACCGACUUCGGAUGGGAGCACAUACUGACUGAUGCAGAAGGGUCGUCCCAGGAGGGCUGCAUCAAAAAGAUCUCUGAAGACCUGGGCAGUGAGAAGUUCUGUGUGGAUGCUAACCAGGAGGGGAGUGGCAGCUGGCUCAAGUAUAUCCGAGUGGCAUGCUCCUGUGAUGACCAGAACCUCGCCAUGUGUCAGAGCAGCGAGCAGAUUUACUACAAAGUCAUUAAGGACAUCGAGCCGGGUGAGGAGCUGCUGGUGCACUUGAAGGAGGGCGUCUACCCCCUGGGCACAGCACCGCCCAGUCUGGACGAGGAGCCUACAUUCCGUUGUGACGAGUGUGACGAGCUCUUCCAGUCCAAGCUGGACCUGCGGCGCCACAAGAAGUAUGCAUGCGGCUCAGUGGGCGCCGCGCUCUACGAGGGCCUGGCGGAGGAGCUGAAGCCCGGGGCCCUUGGCAGCGGGGCCGGUGGCCUGUCCCACGAGUGCAAAGACUGCGAACGGAUGUUCCCCAACAAGUACAGCUUGGAGCAGCACAUGAUCGUCCACACGGAGGAGCGUGAAUAUAAAUGUGACCAGUGUCCCAAGGCCUUCAACUGGAAGUCCAACCUCAUCCGCCACCAGAUGUCCCACGACAGCGGCAAGCGCUUUGAGUGUGAAAACUGUGUCAAGGUGUUCACGGACCCCAGCAACCUACAGCGGCACAUCCGUUCGCAGCACGUGGGAGCCCGGGCCCACGCCUGCCCAGACUGCGGGAAGACCUUCGCCACGUCCUCCGGCCUCAAGCAGCACAAGCAUAUCCAUAGCACGGUCAAGCCCUUCAUAUGCGAGGUCUGCCACAAGUCCUACACGCAGUUCUCCAACCUGUGCCGGCACAAGCGGAUGCACGCCGACUGCCGUACGCAGAUCAAGUGCAAGGACUGUGGGCAGAUGUUCAGUACCACCUCCUCGCUCAACAAGCACCGGCGUUUCUGCGAGGGCAAGAGCCAAUACGCACCGGGCAGCAUCUUCACGCCGGGCCUGCCCUUGACCCCUGGCUCCGUGCUGGACAAGGCCAAGCCCUCCCCCAGCCUCAACCACUCUGGCCUGGGCUUUGGAGACUACUUCCCCUCCCGGCCGCACCCGGGCAGCCUGCCCUUCUCCACAGCGCCGCCUGCCUUCCCUGCACUCACACCCGGCUUCCCAGGCAUCUUCCCUCCAUCCUUGUACCCUCGGCCACCUCUGCUACCUCCCACGCCGCUGCUCAAGAGCCCCCUGAACCACACCCGGGACGCCAAGCUUCCCAGCCCCCUGGGUAACCCAGCGCUGCCCCUCGUCUCUGCGGUCAGCAACAGCAGCCAAGGUGCCACAGUGGCCACCGGGCCAGGAGAGGAGUUCAACAGCCGCCUAGAGGACCCAUGUCCAGGGAAGCUCAAGACACGGGGCAGCGACGUGUCGGAUGGCAGCGACUUUGAGGACAUCAACACCACAACAGGGACCGACCUAGACACGACCACAGGGACAGGCUCGGACCUGGACAGUGAUGUGGACAGCAACCCCGACAAGGCCAAGGGCGAGAGCAAGCCAGCUGAGGGCAAGCCCGAGUUUGGGGGUGGCUUGGCACCCCCGGGCCCCCCGAACAGCGUGGCUGAGGUGCCCGUCUUCUACUCCCAGCACUCCUUCUUCCUGCCGCCGGACGAGCAGCUGCUGACCUCCUCGGGUGCCGCCGGAGACUCCAUCAAGGCCAUCGCAUCCAUUGCCGAGAAGUACUUUGGGCCGGGCUUCAUGGGCAUGCAGGAGAAGAAGCUGGGCCCGCUGCCCUACCACUCCAUGUUCCCCUUCCAGCUGCUGCCCAACUUCCCCCAUGCCCUCUACCCCUUCACGGACCGAGCACUCGCCCAUAACCUGCUGGUCAAGGCUGAGCCACAGUCGCCCCGUGAUGCCCUCAAGGUGGGCGGCCCCAGCGCCGAGUGCCCCUUUGAUCUCACCACCAAACCAAAGGAGGCCAAACCCGUCCUACCUGCGCCCAAGGGUCCCCCGGCCCCUAUGCCCUGCGAGGAGCAGCCACUGGACCUGAGCAUCGGCAGCCGGGUGCGUGCCAGCCAGAACGGGGGCGGGCGGGAGCCCCGGAAGAACCACAUCUAUGGGGAGCGGAAGCUGGGGCCUGGCGAGGGGCUGCCCAAGGUGUGCCCGGCGCACGUGCCCCAGCAGCCCUCACUGCACUACGCCAAGCCCUCGCCCUUCUUCAUGGACCCCAUCUACAGCAGGGUAGAAAAGCGGAAGGUGACGGACCCCGUGGGAGUCCUGAAGGAGAAGUACCUGCGGCCAUCCCCAUUGCUGUUCCAUCCCCAGAUGUCAGCCAUCGAAACCAUGACGGAGAAGCUGGAGAGCUUCGCAGCUCUGAAGGCCGACACGGGCAGCUCCCUGCAGCCUCUCCCCCACCACCCCUUCAACUUCCGUUCUCCGCCCCCCACACUCUCAGAUCCCAUCCUCCGGAAGGGCAAGGAGCGGUACACCUGCAGGUACUGUGGGAAGAUCUUCCCCAGGUCAGCAAACCUCACGAGACACCUGAGAACACACACCGGGGAGCAGCCGUACAGGUGCAAGUACUGCGACCGCUCCUUCAGCAUCUCCUCCAACCUGCAGCGGCACGUGCGCAACAUCCACAACAAGGAGAAGCCCUUCAAGUGCCACCUGUGCAGCCGCUGCUUCGGCCAGCAGACCAACCUGGACCGGCACCUCAAGAAGCACGAACACGAGAGCGUGCCCGUGAGCCAGCACGCCGGGGUCCUCACCAACCACCUGGGGACCAGCGCCUCCUCCCCCACCUCCGAGUCCGACAACCACGCACUUUUAGACGAGAAGGAGGACUCCUAUUUCUCCGAGAUCAGAAAUUUCAUCGCCAACAGCGAGAUGAACCAGGCGUCCACGCGUACAGACAAAAGGACGGAGAUCCAGGGCCUAGACGGGAAUGCUCAGUGUCCUGGCUCAGCCAGCGAGAAGCCAGAGGAUGGGGAGGAGGAGGAGGACGAGCUGGAGGAGGAUGAUGAGGACAGCCUGGCUGGGAAGUCACAGGAUGACACCGUGUCCCCAGCACCCGAACCUCAGGCUGCCUAUGAGGACGAAGAAGAUGAGGAGCCGCCCACCUCCCUUUCCAUGGGCUUCGACCACGCCCGGAGGUUUAUUGAGGAGCAAGAAGGCGGUCUGUUAGCUUUGGAGCCGAUGCCGACUUUUGGGAAGGGGCUGGAUCUCCGCAGAGCAGCUGAGGAAGCAUUUGAAGUUAAAGAUGUGCUUAAUUCCACCUUAGAUUCUGAGGCUUUAAAACAGUCACUGUGCAGGCAGGCUCAGAACCAGGCGUAUGCAAUGAUGCUGUCCCUCUCUGAGGAUGCUCCUGUGCACACCCCUGCCCAGGGCUCUCUGGACGCCUGGUUGAGCAUCACAGGGGGCAGUUCGGAGCCCAGAGCCUUCAACCCCAUCAACCACCCCUGACGGCUGGGAGGCCCUGGGUCAGAGUCCAGAGUGAGGGCAUCAGCUCGGAAGACAGAUGGCCUGGCCAGCGAGAGCCCCAAGCACCCGCUCGUGACCACUCCUCAGCCUCCAUGUCCUACCCACUACAGCUCCGUUGCAACUUUUCCAGUGAAAACUCAGACCCCCAGAAGUCCCUAGCACACCUUCUCUAAGAAUUGGUGUCAAGAACACUGCUCGGCCACGGUCCAGCACACAGCUGCCCGGGGACCCCUCGGGAGCUGCCUCGUGGAAUCUCAACCCAAACGGGAACAGAUGGACACGGAGAGCUCUAGAGAGAAAGAUCACGCAAAUAAUUUUUAUAAUGAAAAUGAGAAGAAUAACCUUUUUGGUAAUCUUAUUGACUACAGAGUCUAUUUAAGCAUGUGGUUUUAAAAAUAGACAGUAUUUUUUAAAAAUCAAAAAAAUGACUUGCAAAUUGUUUUUUAAAAGUAAUUUUGCAUUGCUUUGAAAUUUCAGCUUAUUUGCAAACCCAAGUCUGCUAGGAACCAGCACUGUGCUUGGGUAUGUUCUUUAUACUGUAGAUAACGGAGAAAUUUUCUAUCUCUGACCCUAUUUGUACAAGCCAAGGUGAUGCUGGGUGCCUGGGGCCGCUGCUGUGAACAGUGUGCUGACUGAACAGAAAUUCUUAGACACAGUGCCCUGGGCUGCCGGCUCACCUGAGGCCAGGACCAGGAGGCAUGCCUGUGGUCAUGUGAUGUGGAAUGCGUGCCAGGGUCCCAUGUCACCUCCAGGGCAAUCCACAGGCCCCCACUCAAGACCCCCAAUUGUAUGGGGAAGUCAGGGGCUGUGGCUCUAGCCCCCCAUGCAGAGGUGUGGCUGGGCCCCUCAUCUUCCUACCCUCCUCGGUCUGUGCCUCCACCACCCCCACGCUGGCCCCGCCACUGUUCUUCUGAAGGCAGGACCUUGGCCAUGUCCUGGGUCUCCAGCCUCCCACCCUCAGCACCCGAGCAGCUCCAGUCCUCCCCAUGGCUGCCCAGGGGGACCCCCCACCCAGCUCCACUGCUCCAGGCCACCAAGGUCCACCUGUGCCUGAGACUUGGCGCCAUCACCACUUGGCGC